UCUCUCGUCGUCUGCAUUCGAAAUACGUGCUGCAGUGUGCUCGUUGUUGCUCGAAAUCUAAGUAAGUAAAAAUACUAUGCAUUCGAAUCUCUCGCCCCACUUACAUUCUCCUGAGUGCAAUGAACUGAUUCGUUUACUUUUGGAGUGUCAUAAAGAGAACCCGGUUGGAAGAUUCGUUGGUUUUUGCAACAAACAAGAUACAUUAAUGGUUGCUUGCUUAAAACGAGAGCGAGAAACUAAUAGAAGCUUGAACGCAGAAAAAUCCAAACUCAAACGAGAAGAAGUGCAACGAAGACUACAAGAAAAUACUUCUAGCUAACAAACUGCCACAACAGCUCAACUACCAUGAAUGUACCUCUUGAGGAAUCAGUGACCCUGUCUGCCAAGUAUCCAAGUGUUAUCGAUCGUUACUUCACUCGGAGAUAUAUUCAAAGAGAAGGAAAAAACGAUACUUGUCUGUUAUACCAUUCAAAUAAGAUAUGUUUAGUCACUUUAGCCAAAAGCCAUGCAAUUUUCGAGAAAGGAUCUCCCAUACGAAAAGUAAACUACAAAGUUGGUGAAAAGCUCGAUCGAAGUGACAACAAAGUUCUCGGAAAAAAGAAGCAUGGCGGGCAAUGUGUAGAUGAACAUUCGAUUCUUUGUAUUGUUGAGUGUGAGGAUGAUUCUGUGUACUGUAUAAGAGGAGGUGUCAAGGGUAAAUUGAUUGAGGUUAAUGAAAAUCUUAUAGAGAAUCCUCAGCUACUUUUCAACAAAGCUGAAACUGAUGGUUAUGUAGCUGUUGUGUUGCAAAAGCUUGGGGUUGAAUGUAAUAUGUCAAAUUCUGUUAGCAGAGAGGAAUAUGACAAAAAUAUAGAUCAGUAAAUGUA